AUGAAGGUAUUACCUAAAAGUGCACGAGAGAUAAAAGAACAGUUUUUUGGAAAAAAAGGCUGGACUCUUCAUUCAGUAUUAGUAUAUACUCGCAAGGAAAAUUCUCUUGAACUUGAUAUCCAAGCACACAACCUCACUGCUUCUAAUCCUCAUGCUGUUAUUGAAUCUAUGAAAAAGAAACCAGAAUGGGUUAUGAUUAUUUUAAACAAUGGAGGUUAUUAUCAUAAUGCAGAUUUGAUGAUGACUUUGAGAUAUUGGCAAGAUUGGUAUGGUAUUUGGCCAAAAAAAUGGAUAUUUCUUGAGCCGGAAGAGGUGAAAAUAACCAUUAAUAGUCAUCAUGCUCAGAUUGCACAUUCCAUCAAUCGAUAUGUAAAAUUAGGAUUUGAUAUAUCAUUAGGAAAAGACAUUGAAAAUGCAAUAUCUGGAAUUUGCAGAAUGUCAGUAUCUCGCCUGGAACCAGUUAGAACAAAAGAACCUGGAAAAAGGAGAAACCAAUUACCUGGCAUUUCAAAUUGGUUUGAAUGGUCAUGGCCAAUUACUGGAGAGUAUGCUGGUUAUAUUCAAGCGAGAGAUAUUGCAAAUCUUGGCGCCUGGACGAAUUUUUCUCCAAAGAAACUGGAAAAAUUACAAUCAAAAACAAUCGAAAAACCAGAUCCCAAUGUAUCAACGUCUUCAAUACCUAAAAAUCCUUGGACAGUUCCAUUGCCAAAUGAUACAGGAAUUCAGGUAAAGAAACUAAAAAAAAACCACGUGAAAGAACAACUGGAAAUUCGUGGCAUUCUAAAGGAUAUAGAUACGAAUAAAAGAGAUUUGGUAAAGGAGUUAGAAAUAGCAUUGGCCAAAGACACCUUGGCAAAGAUACCAGGCACGCAAAAUGUGAUCUUCACGUUGUUAACUGCUUUUUACGAAAGAAAAAAUUCAGCUAAAGACAGAAAUAAAGUAAUAUUGGAUCCAAGCUUGCAAUUUUUGUUUUGGCCAUUAGCUUGUGGGUGGGCAUUGAAAUCUGCGCAAAAAUAUGGAAAAAAAGGGAGUGGUAAACGUAUUUCUAAGAAAGUGUGGAAUCUCCUGCAAGAAUAUUUUUUGGAGGGUAAUGUUAAUAAAAGUGAAAGGCAUACGGCGGAAAGUAUGCUUGCCCGGCUAAAGAAAAAUGUGGAAGACGGCGUAAUUGAAGAAGAAGAAGUACCAAAAUUAGAGACUAUACGUAAUUGGAUAUCUCGUUAUACAAGUCAACACCGCCAAGAGUCAGCAAUAGUAGCUCAAGCGUCUAAGAUAUAA